AGCCCAGUGUACACGGCAAUAUCACCCUCCGUGAUCUCCGGAUCAUCAAGUUCCUGCCCUGGAAAAUUACGUAGAAUUCAAGAUGUCUGAAGAGGAGGCCUCUGAGGAUCUGCCUGUCUCUAUGCAGCUGCACAGGGCUAACUUUGGCCUGAGUGAUUGUCUGUCAUGGCUGUGUUCAAGUUCGCUGUGGGUCUGCUGGCCCUGCUGCUGGUGUCUGCCUGGGCUGAGGAGGUGGAGACUGACGUCUCUGAAGAGGAGAAUCUUUCUGUGUCUGAGAUUCUUUACAGAGCCAACUUUGGCAUAGCACAUGAUGAUGAUGAGCCCCAGCUGCUGGAUGACAUCGCCGUGGACAACGAGAAUGACAGGAACGCUGACCCUUGCACCUCUCGUGGCUGCAUGUGGCCAAAGUCCAGUGAUAGGAAAGUCUACGUGCCCUACUAUAUCAGCAACGACUUCUCUGCCCGUGAGAAGUCCAUCAUCCAGCGCGGCCUGGACUCCUUCGCCUCCUCCACCUGCAUCCGCUUCAAGGCCCGCAGAUCUGAGAGGGACUACAUUGGCAUCUACUCCAAGAACGGGUGCUACUCCUACAUUGGCCGUCGCGGUGGCCAGCAGGUUGUGUCUCUGAGCCGUAGGGGUUGUCUGUACCACAACACUGUCCAGCACGAGCUGCUGCACGCUCUGGGCUUCAACCACGAGCAGACCCGCAGCGACCGUGACAACCACAUCCGUGUCGUCUGGGAGAACGUCAUUGAAGACAUGAAGCACAACUUCAACAAGAAGAACACCCUCAACCAGGGAACUCCCUAUGAUUACAACUCCGUCAUGCAGUACCACAAGACGGCUUUCUCCAAGAACAACCGGCCCACCAUGGUCCCCAUCCCCAACAGCAACGUUGCGAUUGGCAAGGCUGGCCAGAUGAGCAAGAACGACCUUCUCAGACUAAACAGGCUGUACAAGUGCUAAACAAAAGGACAACCACAUAGCCUGAGGAACCUGUGAUGAGAAGUCAGAUAUGACUCCCGGAUUCACACAGAGCAUGAUGAACUGGAUUUGGGUUCCUCUGUCUCAUAUGUCUCACCAGUCUCAAAAUAAAUCACAAGAAAUAUAA